AUGAGCAUCUAUGAAAAUGAUUUCAUUCGAUUGAUAUCCUGUAUCGGAAACGACGACGUGGAAUCGGCGAUACAUAUAUUCACGGAAAAAUUUGAUAAACGGUUUCUACAACCUAUCGGGAUUCUUCGAGUGACCGCGGUUCAAUUGGCUGCCUGGCAGGGUAGAAUAGAAUUGUUGGAUCUAUUCUACAAACAUGGCGCUAAUAUUAAUGCCGUGGACAAGAUUGGAAGAUGUCCAUUGUUCCAUGCAGCACAUCGUGGGAAUAGCGAAGUGGUGACUUGGCUUUUGGAACAUGGAGCCUUCAUGGAUAACAAAGUUGGCAUUGAUAGUUGUUUCAAGGCUCCUACUUUCAACUUUAGCCACUGUUUCGAUAUUGGUCGAAAUUUGCCAAUCCCAGAAUGUUGGGGAAGGACAGCGCUGCACCAGGCGGUGAAGAACAAUCACUCGGAAGUGGUGAGGAUUUUGGUGGAGGCUAGGGUUAACACAAACGUAGAAGACGAGCGUGGAAUUACACCUCUGCUUUUGGCAGGAUCUACCGUAACCCAAGAAGAUCCUAAUGAAAUGUCCAAAUUCGUCCGCAUAGUCGAGUACCUGGUACAAGGGAAAGCUUCAACCAACGCCGUUCACCCUGACACAGGUACUACAGCGUUACACUAUGCAGUAACGUUGGGAAGUUUCGCAGCCACGAAAAUAUUGUUGGAUGCCGGUGCGUGGCCUCUUUAUCAAUGUAAAAGCACCGGAAGCACCCCUCUUCACCUUGCCGCCAGUAUGGGUAGCUUAGAAACUCUUUCGAUCCUCCUAGCGAACACACCUGUCACACACGUCGAUGUUUGCGAUAACAUUAAUCGAACGCCGCUUCAUAGAGCUUCUUAUCAAGGACACCGUGAAUGUAUUCAAGCAUUGAUCGAACACGGUGGUAAUCUGGCUGUCGAAACCAGAACCGGGGUCACCGUUAUCGACGCCAUAUUUGCUCACACUCCGAGGCCAGUGACGUUUCUAAACGAUAUUUUGGACUCUCGGGUGCGAAUGAACGGCCGCAUGAUCGAUAGGAACUCGCACAUCAUCGUUGACUUCAACGUACUGGCGCCGAAAGGGGAGUUGCAAAUGGGAGUUGUUACGUCCCUUAUUGCAGCAGCUUCAGACGAGGAACAAUUGACGAUACUGCAACAUCCGUUGGUGGAAACGUUUCUCUGGUUAAAGUGGUCCAAGCUGAGAGUGUUCUUCUUUAGUCUCGUUUUCAUCCACGCCCUGCUGGUACUUUCCCUCUCUGGUUACUCUAUAGCGUUGCUGCAGCACCAGACUGAUUGUACGCUGUUAAGAAGGAUCCUCGCUUCGUGUUCGUGUGUGCUUUUCUUCCACAAUAUGGCGCAGGUGUUAAUGGUGCCAAGAUAUUACUUAAGGCAGUUCGAAACGUGGCUCUCGUUUGCAUGCGCAACGAUAUCGUUGAUGAUUUCCACAGACGGUGGCCACACGGAUGCAGUUACGAUCCAGCCAAGGGGAAAAGAAUUAAACCCCACGGAACAUCGUCCGCAGUGGGUGUUGCAUUCCAUCAGCUUGGCAAUCUUGCUUGCAUGGAUGCAAAUGAUGCUGCUAGUUGGCCGUCUCCCAACGUGCGGAUAUUACGCGCUCAUGUUCUCCACGGUACUAAAGAACAUCCUUAAGGUUCUCCUAGCGUUCGUCUGCCUGAUUGUCGGAUUCGCGUUCAGCUUCGCCGUUUUGUUCCACGGGAACGACCAGUUUCGCAAUUCCUGGAGGGCCGUCGUGAAGACCGUGGUAAUGAUGAUGGGUGAGUACGAGUACGGGGCUCUGUUCUCGGACGAGAAGAAUGGGAGUUCCUUCCUACCAGCCACGAGCAGGGUCGUGUUCCUUGCUUUCGUCAUGCUCGCUAGUAUCGUCCUGAUGAACCUGAUGAUCGGCCUCGCGGUCAAUGACAUCCAAGGCCUCGAGAAGAUGGGUCACAUUCGUCAAUUGCUGAAGCAGGCCGAAUUCGUGGGUCAUUUAGAAAGGCUGACAUCACACCGAAUCUUUCGCAGCAAUUGGCUACAUCCUCGGUUAAGUUUGCUGCUCAACUCGAGGCGCAGUAUUCCCACAAAAAUUACGUUCGGUUAUCACGAACGUUAUUUUCGUGAAUCAUCCUCGGGCGUCCCGGCGAGGCUGAGGGAAACCUUGUUUCUGUUGGCUUCAAGGAACUCGCGCGACUGCAAAAGCACGGUAACGAGUGACAAGCUCAAAAACAACGACGACAACAACAAUACGGAAUUAACGGCGCUGUUGGAGGAAGUGUUGCUGCAAUUAAGGACAUCUUGUUAUCCUAGCGCAACGGCAAGGAAAUUUUCAAAACCCUUCAAUACUAAAUAAACCAAGAAAAAAUACUUACAAACUUAUAAAGUACUUUUAGAAUUUUCUUUAAAGUAUUAUUUCUUUCGAGACUGGAAUUUUAUUGUAAGACGAUGUGGCACAUGAUUUAGUCCUAGAAAUGAUGAUUUUGUUCUAUUAAAAAGGUAUUUUAUUUAAAUAUAAUUAUCUGCCCCCAACGUCGAUAUCACAGAUACUUGUCCUUACCGACCAUAGCCAGCAUAGGUUCUCUCAACCACCAAUCACGACAUAGAUGUCUCUGCAAGACAGUCUACGGUUUUCAAAGCCAUAACGUACUUCGAUCGUGUCGCAAGAAGAUUGUCAAAAGCGGUGAACAUCUUCGGUUUGGAAAUUCACACGCACGUGGGCAGUUUUCUUCGUUGAUGGACAUGGCAACGGGACAGAAGUCAGUUUGGUUACUACCUAAUAAGGGUACCUGAGUUUUUGUCCAGAUUUUAAUUGAAUACAAAAAUCGGACAGGACAGUGGCGGGCGUAUAUAUUACCAUAAAUUAUCGUUCACCCGCGGCUAUAAAGAAAUCACGCGCGCAACUGUCUUAACGGUUGUAACAGGCUUGAACAUAGUGUUUUGUGACUUGAGUUCACCUUCAUUUUCAUAAAAAAUGGUAUCAGACGCAGCAUCGUUUCGUUAAAUUCAAUAGGUACACUGGAGGAAGCAAAAAGGUGUCACCGAGCUGGAUAAAAAGGUUACUUCAGCAGGAUACAUAAUUUAUAGGGUCGACUUUGAAACGACCAACGAGAUCGGAAAAAAAUUUGCAAACAAGUUUCCUCGAUUCAGAAGAUUUCCAGAUAUUCAGUCUCUAAGAAGCCUUAAGAUAAUUCCGAGAUUGGCACAUGAUGCUACUGGAAAAGGUGGUGGUGAUGUGGUGGCAAUUGCGGUGGCGGUUGCGGUGGCAGCAUCAGCAGAAGCAUUGCUAUGACAAUGGCAGUGGCAGUGACCUCGGUAAUAGCAGUGGUCAACAGCGGUGGUAGCGAUGGUACGAGCAACAUCAGCAACAGCAGCAGCGACGGUGGUAGUAGUGGCAUCAGCAAUAGCAGCGGUGGCGGUGGCGGUGACGGUGACAUCAGCAACAGCGGCGGCGGUGGCGUGGCGGUGGCGACGGUGGUGGCGACGAAGACAGUGCUAGGAGUUCGGGCAAGUUCGCAAAGCUUCGGGUGGGGUCGGUUCGCCGCCUUGCCUGCCAUGACUGGCCGGCCGAGGCCUCGCGGGGGGUGAGGGUGGGGGCGAGGUGGCGCGUCGGCGAGGGAAGCCGCGGCAGUGAAUCCGGCGUCGUGAUUGGUCGUCGCGUGGGAGAGCCGCCCGCCUGAGCUCACCGUGACCGGCAGUCGGCACCGAGCAUCCAGGCAGAGCACAUCGAGCCAUCGGAGUCGGGGCGAGAUACGGAAACACGCACCUCGGGACCUUAGCACGGGCACGAUGGCCGUCCGGCGCGUGCACCGUCAACAACAGCAAGAACAGCAACGUUGUCACCGUCGUCGUGGUGCCGUACUCGUCGCGCGUGUCCUUCGUGUUUACCUAGACACGGAAUCGAAGCCGCAGCAGCAUCGCGCGCUUGCUAAAGCAUCGUGGCCACCAUCGUGCGGAUACGUGGCGCGCGGACUAUGCGCCUGGUGCACGCAAUAAGAAACGAAAAGAAAAAGAGAAAAACACGACGACGCGCGACGCACGGAAAGUUGUUGCGCGUUAAAUACGACACACACGAUCUGCCAUUCUACACAAGCUACCUAAGUACAAACACGUUCCAUCGUGUUACCUUUUCCACGUCCCCUCGUUUCCAGCGGCUGUACCGCGCCUCCUUCCCUGUGCACCGGCCUUCCCACGCGGUCCUCCUAUCGUCGGUGAGAUUACGUUUCGGUUAAUACGCGAGGAAACGCGCGUCGCCCGUUUGCUUGUCAAGCCUUUUAUCGUUUGCAGUUCGGGUCGUAAAGCAUCGUUCAAACAAAAUAGAUAUACAUAUAUCUAUCUCGUUGUGUUUUGACUGGUGGUGCAUUUUUAUUGUUCAUCGUCGCGGCGUGCUCUUCGGUGCAACGUUCUCUUGUGCCCGUUUCGGGAAGUGUGUUGUAUGUAACCUAACCUCCUCCGUCGACAACAACGACGACCACGACGACGUUGGUGGAGGAGGCAAGGUGACGGUGACAGUGAACCAUUCUCUGUGCUACGUCCAAUUGUAUUCCGUUCUGUUCUGUGCGGGGCAGCAGUGAGACAGAAGGGAAAGAGAAAAAGAAA